AUGGCUUCUCCUCAUUUGCUCAAUAUGGAUAGGAACUCCCACAGUGAUAACCCAAGCAACACGUUCAUGCUUCAAACAUCUAAUACUCUCUGUAUCCUUCAAAUUAACCUACAGAGGAGCGAGGCUGCGUCCUCACAAACAACAAAGAUGGUGAUAGAAAAGAAGGCUGAUAUUAUGGCCUUCCAGGAGCCAUACUUAUACAAAGGUAAGGUUGCCCUUCUUGGCAAAGGCAAAAUCUUCACAGGGAAUACUAACAACCAACCCAUAAAGACAGGCUUCCAAAUCCUCAACAACAAUCUGAAUGUGCAAUUAAUAACUCAAGGCUGUAACCAGUAUAUCACCACUAUUAGGGUUAACCUAGGCUUGGACAAUAUUUACAUUAUUAAUCUGUAUGCUCCACCUUCAGAAGACAUUCUCUCCCCCCUAAAUGAUAUAAGGGACUUAACCAACAACCUCCCACAGCACCCAAUCCUAAUAUGUGGGGACUUCAAUGCAAAGUCCCCAGUUUGGUAUAGUCCAAUUGAGGACCCGAGAGGAUAUGCAGUAAAUGAAUUGAUGGCAGAGCUUGAUUUUCACUCGCUCAACACCAGCCACUUACCUACCUUCUCCAGCACGAACGGGAAAAGCUGGAUCGACCUCUGUCUGGGUAAUAGUAAACUUCUGGAACUGGACAUAGACUGUCAAACACAGGAAGAAAUCUCGGUCAGUGAUCAUGCCUACAUUCUCACUAAAGUUACAGGGGUAAACCCCCCCACAAACCUAAGUAUCCAUAACAUCACAAAUUGGGACUACUACCAAGAACUUCUAAAACACCAAUGGGAUCCCACAGGUCUGUCUCAUAUAGAUACUACUACUGACAUAGAUUUUGCGGUGGAUCAACUCCAGAAGGCAAUCAAUACGGCUUUCUAUCAUGCCACAAGGGUCAAAACUAACAGACCUUCGGCUCCCUGGUGGAACAGGGACGUAGAACAACAAAGGAAGAAGGAAUUAUCUUGCCAUCUCGACAAAUGGAGAUGCGUCAAACAGCAGUAA